UUGUGCGCCGGCUACUUCCUGUUCGGCUUUCAACAUGGCGGUGAACCUGGCAGAGCUGGCCCUCCCGCAGUUAGAGGGGCUCAAAACGCAGCUCGAUCAGGAAAUUGAGUUCUUGACGUCCUCAAUAGGUCAACUCAAGGUUGUCGCGACCAAGUACGUUGAAGCCAAACAUUGUUUGAACGUUCUGAAUAAAAGCAAUGAAGGGAAGGAGUUGCUCGUGCCUCUGACCAGCUCUAUGUAUGUUCCCGGAACACUAAACGACUUGGAGCAUGUGUUGGUGGACGUGGGGACAGGAUACUUCGUUGAAAAGAAUGCAGAAGAUUCCAAGACGUUCUUCAAACGCAAAAUAGACUUCCUCACAAAGCAAAUAGAGAAGAUUCAGCCGGCCCUGCAGGAAAAACACGCCAUGAAACAAGCUGUGAUUGAAGUCAUGAACAUAAAGAUCCAUCAGCUGCAACAGAGCCAGCAGGCAUCGCAGUCGGCAGGGACUACCAAGGCUUAAUGAGACCACCUGCUUCAUUUCUUAAUGUGGGGCUGUCUGGCUUCAUGUGCAUAGUCACUAUUACCAAGGAAUAAAGACCAUAAUGUAGUUGCUGCUCAUCUGUAAAAAGUGCAUAAAGCUGGUCGCUAAGGUGUAGGCUUGUGUUUGAGGUAAAUGAUGGUUGCUCUGCAGGGAACUUAGGCGUUCUCAUGCUUAAAAGCAAUGUAAUCAAACGCUUGCUUACUUCAGAACGUGUUGACAUUAAAUGGGUCUCCAGUGUUGUAAGCAUCUACUGUGUCUUCUACCAACAUUUUGCCACAGUAAAGGAACUGUUUUGUGCAUUU